AUGGCAGAUACAAUGGAGUUGACAGAUAAUUCUCAUUCGAAUGGAGCGGUACCAAUUAAACGAGCUAGAACAGAGCUGGCCACCACAGAAUCAGAGUCGCAGUCGCAAUUACGCCGUCGCAAGGAAGCCAAUAAAGCAUAUGGAAGAGGAGGAAAGAUUCCCAUACAUUCAAUUAAGGAUAAAAAGCUUAGGGGGAAUCUCAAGAAGCUUGAGGCACGAAACAAAACUGCGAUACUUAGAGCAAAAGAUGCCGAGAUUUUACUUGAGAACGAAGACGGAUUCUUAGAACCGGAAAAUGAAUUGGAACGAACAUACAAGGUCCGACAGGAUGAAAUUAAACAGAGUGUGCCUCUCGAGACUGCAAAGAAAGGCUUCGAGCUUAAGUUGGAUCAAUUAGGACCAUAUGUAUGCGACUAUACAAGAAAUGGAAAGGACCUUAUAUUGGCUGGUAGGAAAGGCCAUGUCGCAACAAUGGACUGGAGGGAAGGACAACUGGGAUGUGAAUUACAACUUGGAGAAACUGUCAGAGAUGCAAAAUGGCUACACAAUAACCAGCUAUUUGCAGUGGCGCAAAAGAAAUACGUUUAUAUAUAUGACGGAGCAGGAGUUGAAUUGCACUGUUUGAAGAAACAUAUCGAGGUUACGAAUAUGGAAUUCCUUCCUUACCACUACCUUUUGGCUACUGUUGGAAAUGCUGGACAUUUAAAAUAUCAAGAUAUCUCAACCGGUCAAAUGGUAAUGGAAAUGCCUACAAAACUGGGAUCGCCUACCUCUCUCACUCAAAACCCUCGAAAUGCAAUCCUUCAUAUGGGUCACCAAAAUGGAACAGUCACUUUAUGGUCACCUAAUUCUACAACUCCCCUGGUCAAAUUAUUGGCACAUCGUGGUCCAGUACGAUCAUUAGCCGUAGAUAGAGAGGGUAGAUAUAUGGUUUCUACUGGACAAGACAUGAAGAUGUCCGUCUGGGAUGUUCGAAUGUUCAAAGAAGUCAAUAGUUAUUUUACACGACAGCCAGCAUCUUCAGUUGCUAUUUCUGACCGAGGAUUAACAGCUGUCGGAUGGGGCACUCAAGUUUCAAUUUGGCGGGGUCUUUUCACCAAGAACUCUCUAGAACAGGAGAAAAUACAAAGUCCGUACAUGGCAUGGGGUGGCGAGGGUAAACGAAUUGAGCGUGUACGUUGGUGUCCAUUUGAGGAUGUGUUAGGAACUUCACACGAUUCCGGGUUCUCGUCGAUAUUGGUUCCAGGCGCUGGAGAAGCCAACUUUGAUGCUUUGGAGGUUAAUCCAUUCGAGACCACUAAGCAACGACAAGAGGCCGAGGUGAAGUCGUUGCUCAAUAAGCUUCAACCAGAAAUGAUCUCAUUGGACCCCAAUUAUAUUGGUAAUCUUGAUCUGAGAUCUGAUGAGCAAAGAAAGGCCGAGAAAGACCUAGACAAGAAGCCAGAAGAUCCAAUGGCUAAGAUAAAGAACAGGGGUAGAGGUAAGAACAGUAGUUUGAGAAAGUACCUGAGAAAGAAGAGUUCCAGAGGUAUUAUCGAUGAUCAGAGGGACAGAAUUGAGGAAUUGAGAAAGAGUCAGAUGCAAAGGGAGAAGAACAGACUAAAAUCUACCGAGGAGGAACUUGGACCUGCACUCGGUCGCUUCGCGAAGAAAAGUGCUUAG